AUGGAAGAAGGAAACCAGACCAGCAGCUUUGAGUUCCUCCUCUGGGGCCUCUCCGAGCAGCCCGAGCAGCAGCCCAUCCUCUUCCUGGUGUUCCUGUGCAUGUACACGGUUGCUGUGAUUGGCAACCUGCUCAUCCUCCUGGCCGUUGUCACUGAUAAGCAUCUCCACACCCCCAUGUACUUCUUCCUUGCCAACCUGUCCUGUGCAGACGUCUUCUUCAUUUCCUCCACUGUGCCCAAGGCCCUGGUGAACAUCCAGACCCAGAGCAGGUCUAUCUCCUACGCAGGAUGCCUGACCCAGCUCUACUUCUUCUUGACCUUUGGGGACAUGGACAUUUUUCUCUUGGCCAUAAUGGCCUAUGACCGCUAUGUGGCCAUCUGCCACCCUCUCCACUACAUGGUGAUCAUGAGCCCCAGAAGCUGCACAGUCCUGGUUACUGCCUGCUGGAUUCUUACUAAUAUUCCUUCUAUAAUCCACACCUUCCUCAUGCUUCGACUUACUUUCUGCCCUAAUGAAAUCAUUCCUGACUUCUUCUGUGAUCUGGAGCCCCUGAUGAAGGUGUCCUGCUCUGACACUCGGGUCAAUGAGUUAGUGCUCCUCUACCUGGGAGGAGCAGUUCUUGUCAUCCCCUUCAUAUUCAUUCUGAUCUCUUACAUCCUCAUUUUCUCAUCCAUCCUCAGGGUGCCUUCUGCACAGGGAUGGCGCAAAGCCUUCUCCACUUGUGGGUCCCAUCUUGUUGUUGUCACCCUGUUCUUUGGGACAGUGUACAGGGCAUAUCUGUGCCCCUCGUGUUCUUCCUCGAGUUCAGUACAAGGGGACACAGCAGCUGCUGUCAUGUACACAGUGGUGACUCCUCUACUAAACCCUUUUAUUUAUAGUUUGCGGAACAGGGAUAUAAAAGGAGCCCUGGGAAGACUUUAUAGGGGCAAAGUCUUCUUGAGAAGCUGUUGA